AUGGGGAAGAUCAUUUUCUAUGAAAACAAGAAUUUUAAGGGUCAUCAGUAUGAAUCCAGUGGUGAUUGUGCAGAUAUGCUCUGCUAUCUUGGCUGCUGUAAUUCCAUCAUGGUGGAGAGUGGAUGCUUCAUGAUCUAUGAACAGCCACAUUACAAAGGCCAGCAAUUUUUGGUCCGUAAAGGAGAGUACCCAGACUUUGAAAGCUGGUUGGGCAAAAAUGACUGCGUCUGCUCCUGCCGUGAAAUUCCCAUGACACAUGGAUCUUCUCAUGAGGUGAAACUGUUUGAGAGAAUGGAGUAUGGAGGUCAAAUGAUGGCUCUAGUGGAGGACUGUCCAAAUAUCAUGGACAUGUUCCAGACAAACCAUAUAUUCUCCUGCAAGGUGAUUGGUGGAAACUGGCUCUUCUUUGAACAGUCCAACUACAAAGGCAGCAUGUACCUCAUAAGGCCUGGAGAAUACACAAGAUUCACUGAAUGGGGAGGCUUGAGUGCCCGUGUGGGUUCCAUCAAACGAAUCAUCGAUAACUAG